AUGAAUACUCCCGUCGGAUCUGGGUACCCACAUGAUCCCAAGGCGGUAUCUCCUCCUCAGGACUCUGCUCCCCUUGAUGCUAAUCUACAAAACCACCCGGCUUUUCUAAACGUCUACGGGAACCCGAUAAACUCAGCGCAGCAGAAACGCCAAAACAGCAUGUCGGCAUACAUGAAUAAUCCUUCCAGCAAACGGACUCCGAACCCCUUGCAAAUGCAACUUUCCAUGCAAAGCAACGUUCCUGGUGCCAACCAGCUAGGUACAAACAACCUGGGUUCCCCGUCUGGCCGUUUCGUUCCCUCUGCCCAACGCGGAAAGUAUCGAAAAUCCGUACAGUUUCCUAGUCUGCAACCUCAACUCCAAACUCAACAACUGCAGCCUCAUGGGCCUCAGAUGAUAAAGACGCCUACUCCUUCAAACUACGACGUACCUUCUAGCCCCAACGUGACCCAGUCUACAGCUCAAAAUAAUUCGGAUCUGUCCGGCUCAAGCCCCAUGGUCGAUCUGAUGACUCCUGCUAAUACGUCCCAGAACAAGGAUACCGCAUCUUCCACGAAUCAAUCACAGAGCUCCUCUAUGCCACUACAACAGCAGCCUUCGGUUCAGUCGGAUGCUCUGAAUACCCCUCAACAACGGGUCAUGUCGGAUGAGGAGCAGCAGCUUGCAACAAAGUUGAAGGAGACAUACAAGAACAUUGUCAGUUUCGAAGAAGUUGUUCAGAAGUCUAUCGUUGAUCUUACUCAUAAGAUUAACCAGUCAAGCAAUUUCUACUCUCCUUACACGACAUCGAUGUAUGUUCCUCAGCAUCAGGCGAUCCAUGGCUCCGCACCAAACUUCCAGGCUGCGAUCCCGACUAAUACGACGGAGCUUUCUAAUAAUUUGUGGACCAUUUAUCAUCAUAACAUAACGUUGUUGAACAACUAUUAUGAUUUCCUCACAACUGCGUUGAAGCCUACCGCCAUAUCCACUCAUCACAGAACAGGCAAGAAUAUCAUUGAUCUAUAUAAGAUCCCUCGCCGUAUGUGGGUGUACGGUAUCGUUGGGUUUUUAGAACUUCUCAAGAACAUCAUGAGCAUUUUCCAAGAGCAUGAAGUGUUCUCAUGUUUCAUCGCUCACUGUUUUAGCAUAGUCUCUAGCCUCACAGAUCCAUCUUGGGAGAUGGAAGGCUGGUGGUGUGAGAAACUCGGUGAUUUGUCAAGAAUGGCUAUCGCUUUAUACUCAUCUCGCUUCAUCGACUGGAAGUCGAGCUCAGAAUACUGGUACUGGAAUGCGUUGAAAACCCUUUACGGCCAUGGAAAAAUGUACUACCACAUGAGCACGGUCCAGCAAGACAACUUGGAAGCCCUUGUCAACAUAAGUAAGGCUGUCAAUUGUCGUGACCCGUUUGUCCCAACAGCACAGUAUCUCGAACUCGUGGUUGAGAAUAUUUGCACGCAAAGAAACAUACUCUCUUUGCUUGAGUUGCCUAUCAUUGACUUCAUCAAGAUUCACAAGGUCUUGUUAUGCAUCAACACGAAUAAUCCGAACUCUCGUUUGUCUCCUGGUCAGGGUGACAUGUUCCAAGAGAACAGAUUUAAUCAUGGCAUCGAUCUAGUUUCACGUUAUGCCAUGUCGUUCGGAUCCGAUUCCCAUGGAUACAAUUUCUUCUUGCGCCAGUUCAUUUACCCAAACCAGACCGAGAAGCAGAGUGCAGAUCCCUUCACACAAUACUUGAAGCAACAGCAUGAACAAGACCAGCAGUCCAACUCAAUGGAUACGAUAGAAAAGGUCAACUUUUGGUUCAACAAGGGUCCUCUUUUUGCUAUCGCUAAUAUUAAUCAUCUCAUCGGGUUUGGUGACGCAAGAAAUCCGUUCGCAAAGUUAUUUUUGCUUCCUGAGGCUCUUCGGGAAAGGAAAGAUAAGAAGGAGAGGAAGAGGAAGACGAAAUCUACAGGCUCUCAGGACCAGGCAAGUAUGGAAGAAAACUCACAGUUCGGUUCCAUCAGCAAUGGCGUGGAUAGCUCUUCUGUCACAGGUUCUGACCUCUCAGUCAUGGAUUGGUUCUACUGCUUAGCUUAUCUCGAUAAGUCUGUUUUGGAGCUUAACUUUAGAAUCCUCAAAUACUACUUGGUCGGCCCCAAGCAAGCAUCUGCAUGUCAUGUUAUUGUGUGGUUGUAUUUCUUGAUAGCGCUUGGAGAGGCUAUCAAACGCUUCCCGGAGUCAAGAAACAUGUUUUUGUGGCUUUUCCAAAAGUUCUUCCCCUGGGAAUCAUUCAUCAAUUACAUGAAUAGCAUCACCGUGAUUGUUAGAGGUAAUACUCACCUUAACGAUAAGUGUCGCGAUUAUAUCAUCAACCAUCCAAACUAUGUUCAAUACUUCAAUGAGAAUGAAAGCUUAUCCGAAGUCUGGAAAUGCUGGGGCACUCUUUGGUUUGAUUUCAUUUGUGUUAAACAUGACUAUGAAGACUUCGAAGCUGCUGGUAUCCUGAGUCAUGAGAUGUUUGACCUCCCCAUUUGUGGAACGACGCCGAUGGUAAACCUCAACAACUUACAACAACCCGGCGCGAAGCCUAGAGAUAAAGGAGAGAAGGACAACGAAGAAAGACUUGUGCGUAUCGUCUUACUUGCCCGUUUACUUGCCGAUAAUUAUGACUUUGGCUUUAUGAGAGAUAAGGAUGGCUUCAAAUUCGAUCUGCAGACGUACGAAGCAGCCAAGAACGAUACGUUACUCUCUUUCCCCUCAUACAAGGGUUCUGGUGACAUGUAUCAGUUCAUUAAUGAGGUCAUUUACGAGGACUCUCGCUUGACACUGGGCAGUUUUGUCACCCCAAUUUCUGACACGAAUCUUGGCCAAAGAUUCACUGAAGAACCAUUUCCAGCUGAAGUUAUUGAUGAAAGCUGGUUUCAGAUAGCUGCAGGGUCAGUUUGGCUCAAUGGCAGCGAUCCUAUCGAUUUCAAUGAACCGAUAGCUAGCCAAGAUGCAUUGGAAGGCUACGCCGACACCGAGUCUAACGAUAACGGUAUUGAUUUGGAUUCUGUCGGACAAGCUGGUCACUUAGACAAUCAUCAUAUGUAUCAUCUCCUGCAGCAUCAACAGGCUUUGAUGCUGCAGCAGAGAGGUAUCUCUCAAGACUUUUACAACGGCGUCAUCGAUGGCGAUUUGGUCCCAUCCAUCAAGAAGAACUCGGUUGACGGUGAUCUUGGUGACAGAAUGGAUACUUCAUUGACUUACAUUACUUUUGAUACGAAUAUUUGGCUCAAGCAUUGUGGCAGGAUCUUCAAAUGUGCCCACAGUGGAGCUUUCAAAGUACUGAUUCCGCUUAUUGUCUUUCAAGAGUUACGGUCGUUAAGAAAAUCAACAGAGGCUACUAUUGCGGAUGCGGCGACUAGAUCGGUUAUUAUUAUCAGGGAGUUGUACGCAAAUAAGGAGGUGGUACCUUUAAGGUUCGAUGGUAAUAUCGCUAGCGACAUAAACGAAGUUACAGAGUUUGAGAAUAACCCUUCCUGGUUGAACAAUGUUGACCUGACUGUUCUUAACGUUGUCACAGAACAUGACGAGAUUAACAGAAAGUUGAAGAAGGGUAUCAAUGCCACUCUUAGAGUUAAUCCUCCUGUGAUGCUCGACGAAAGAAUGGCCAAGGUAUUCCGGUAUUGCAUUCUCAUUACAGAUGAUAGAAAUAUGCGCUUGAGAGCCAAAACAACAGGUCUUAGCAGCUUCCAAAGCAGAUGGCUUUUCGGACAACUUGAGUCUAUUAGCUCCAAUAUGUGCAUAGACUGA